UGUGUUACGUAUAGUGUGUAGUAUUUCCUUGUACCUGGAGGGGGUAGCAGAUCUAGUCGCCUCGACUAUCAAACCUGGCUGACUGUACCUGUUGACGCUCGUACUGUAUGCUGUGAUCCCUACCUGCACCUCUACAUCAACGUAUUGACCUACCAGACUCCUAGCUCCAAGAUGGCGACUGUCCCCUCAUUCAUGGACUGGAGCCGGCGCCGAAGUGAGAACUUAAUGGACACUGCGGAGGAUCUCCUGGAGAAGCUGGAGGAUGUCUCAGACCUUCUCACAGAGAUAGAGGAUAAAUAUAUCAAGCAAGACCCGAAAGAGCGUGACGUCACAGAGAACGAGGAUGGUGGGGACGAUAGUGAAGAUGCCGAGCGGGACUCUACUCUCAGACAGUUCAGGGACGGCCUGGAUUCAGCCAGAAAUCUCGUGGGAGUUCUCAAACGCGAGAAGUGGCGACUCAACAAGCGAGAGAUGAGCGUUGAGCUGCGCAUGGGGGAACUAGAGGACUACAAAUCACAUCUGAAAACUGACAUGAGUUCCCUGAACGAGACAGUGGACGCGCUGAGUGUGCGCGUGGUCCAGUUGGAGAACAGCCUGUGUGAGGCCCAGGAGGUACAGGAGUCACUGGAGGCGGAACUGACCGACGUCAAGGAACAACUAGAGAAGUCACAUCAGGAGAAGAAAGAAAUACUUGCGUCCCGGAAGUCACUAGAAGAUGAGUUAAAGACACUCAAGAACCAGAAUUCAGUGGGGUCUGUGCGCCGAGAAAACGAUCAGCUCCAGCUCACGGUCUUGCAAGAGGAAAACCAUAAGCUCAAAGAAAUGAUCAGAGACGCUGAAUCCAAACUAAAUUCCCCUGCUCCGAAAGACUCUACCCCUAUCCCACCACAAAGGCACAACAAAGCAAAGGCUGCGGCAGCUGCAGCGGCAGGAACGGCACUACUGAAGCGACCAGUGGAGAACGGCGAUACGCCAGAAGUGUAUCUGUAACGGCACAUGACUUAAGAUAUUGUUUGGAAAUUGCAAAUCGCAUUAAAAGGAACAACCGAUAUUGGUGAUUUCCUCUGGGUCAAAGAACGCCAAUAUAUUACAUUGAAGGUUAGGUGCUAUUGUGCGAUUUGGGUUUAGAAUUAAAGGAAGUUAGGUCACGUUAUCAUCUUCUAGCUGGCGUAUACAAGACAUAAUAACACAGACAGCGAUAUGUGCUUGUAACAAAGCGGCGUCCGUUAAUAUAUGGGGGAAGCUAUUGGUUUUCUUCUCAGCUCUAGUAAUGGUGUCAUAUACAAAGGGGUCAUUAUGUGACCGAUUGUAAUGUGUACAAGGUGGCAUUGUCAUUGAAUCAAAAAGAAAGCAGCGAUGCCAACGAAGACGUCGAACUGUCAUCGUCUUAGUCCCAAAUCUCCGAACUCCGCUUCCGGCUACAUUGAAGUAUAAGGUAACUUCAAGAGGUCAGACUUUGGUAUUCUGAUGGAAACAAUGGACUUCGAGAUUCCUGGUGUUUGCGUGUAAUUUCAUGUGUGUGAAUGAGAAAGAGUCCUGACUGGUGCGUGUGUGUGUGCGUGCGUGCGUGCGUGCGUGUGCUUGCGUGCGUGUACUUAAACGAUACAUGGGAAGUAACCUCGAUAACCAACAAAAACACGUAUACCGAGAGUUAUUUGGUCUACAUGUUUCAGCGGACGAAUGACUUGUAUAUACUAUAGAGAGAAGGAGAGGGGUAGAUCUACUGUUGUACAUAUGACAUAGCGAUUUUUUCUGAUGUUGUUUUAAUGUCAAUCCAUGUGCCUUCCAACAGAAUCUCUAUUUCAUCGAAUGCGAAUUGAUUUGUCAGAAACUAUUUAAAACACACAGUAUCGCACAACACGAUCCGUUACAUGUACACGUGUUCGUUAUCAACGAUCAACAUGUCAUCGACAUUUAUAUUAUGCAGCUAGCUAUCCAUGUCGUUUCGAAAGGCAAGAAAAUGUACGAGAGGGUUGUGAUAACCAAGAUUUCCUGUCAGAGAGAGUGAUGAAAAUAUAUAAAAUGCACUUCGAAAACCAUUUGUUCUUUGUUUGGCUGUGAAUACAAGCGCUUAACUUUACUUAAUUUUCUUGUAGCUAAGGUUUAAUCACACAAACUUAGAUGCAGUGGCGGAUCCACAGGGGGGGUUCAUGGGGUUCAACCCCCCUUUUUGUUGUUGAAAAUGACUAAAGACCACAUUAAAGUUAAUGUUUUGCAAUGGCGGAGCCAAGGUGGGGUUUAGGGGGUUCCUGACCCCACCCCCCACCCACCCCCUUUGAAAAGUUCUGGAUCCGCCUAUGAGAUGUGUGUAAACACUAAAAGAUUUUCUGCAUUCUUUAGUUUCUUUUCUCCAAUGUACUUCUUCUGAUUACAUACAUACAUACUUUAGCUUCGUGUUUCAAAUAUAAUAUACUAGUAAAUCCAUCAAAGUAUAAUCCACCAUAGUAGAGGCGCUAUAAUGAAUACAAGUGCAUCUGCAGUGAUUCGUUGACAACCAAACCGCAGGACAAAUAUCCAUGUACACACAUACAGUAUCCUGACACAAACCGUUACACAUAGGCACAUAACAGAAACUGAAAAGUAACUGUGCCUUCUAACACUGCACGAUCUAAAUAAAGAAACGAAUGCAUGAUCAUGUACUCUGAGCACGCACUGUGUUAAAGACGUUAUGCAAGAAGAAUCUGGAUCUGAUUCGUAUGACAAGGACUGUUUCAACUCCUCUGCCCUUUAGGGACUCUACGGCUGUACCAAGGACAACCAAAGACACCGUGAUUCAUGAUAUAUAGAAGGUGCUGGGGUUACUUUGCUUCCAAAAUUUUUAUUUUUCGAUUAAAACGGUUCGCGUUA